UGGGGCAUUAUCUGCAAGACUGGCUGACCAAGCAAACAUGUAGGCCGGCCCCUCUCACCACUGUAUCUAUCAACGGUGUUGUGUCUCGUCAAGUCAACACGGUACGAAAACUGCAAGAUGAGGGAAAUGGCUAGUGCUACAGGCUCAAGUAUCUUGGUGGAGGCCGAGUCAUUCCACGACUUCGGUGGAUGGACGCUGGACUCACAAUUCGAUCUUGAGAUGGGCUCGCCUUAUCUACUGGCUCAUGGCUAUGGCAAACCAGUUGCGGAUGCCAUAACCACGAUCCGUGUGGAAAGUCCUGGACAUUAUCACGUCUGGGUGCGCGCAAAAGACUGGGUUCCUGACCACCACCCGGGAAGAUUUACCCUGAGCAUCAACGGAGACAAGCUCAACACGGAGUUUGGCGCCAAUGGCUUGGACUGGAACUGGCAGGCAGGAGGUUCUGUACGGCUUCCUCGUGGCGAGACAAAGCUCAUACUGCACGACUUGACUGGUUUUUCUGGUCGUUGUGACGCGAUAUAUCUCAGCACUGACAUCAAGCCACUACCUGAGGGAGCGAGUGAGGCUACAAGAACGUGGAGGCGUCAACUUCUCGGGCUGCCGGAUGAGCCUGUUAAUCUCGAGCCACCAUUUGACGUUGUGGUCAUUGGAGGCGGCGUGACAGGGGCUGCCGCUGCUCUAACCGCGGCUCGACUCGGAGAUCGUGUCGCUCUCGUCCAAGAUCGCCCCGUCCUGGGAGGCAAUGCCAGUGUGGAGAUCGGUCUCAGACCACGCGGCGUAUGGGGACCCCUCAUCGAAGAGCUGGCGGAUCGUCAUCCUGACGGUGAUCUGCUUGCAAAAUCUCUCCUUGAUUCCGAACCAAACGCAACCCUAUUCCUUGAACAUUCAGUGUACAAUGCUACCACUGCGAAGUCCAAGAUUAUAUCAAUCGAUGCACGCCAUGCACGCACUGGGCGAGAGUUACGCCUCUCUGCUGCAACGUUCAUCGACUGCUCAGGACGAGCUCUGUUCGGGCACUAUGCAGGUGCAGAUACUCUCUUCGGUCAGGAAUCAAGGGCUGAGUUUGGCGAGGAUCUCGCGCCAGAGGAGCGCGUAGAGGAGCACCAUGGAAAUACGCUUUUCUUCCGAACACGAAUGGCAAACUUACCAGUCUCUUUCCCUACCAUGCCAUGGGCUACGGAGGUAGCGAAGGACUUCAGUGACCUCCGUGGUCAAUUGACAAAACCUGGUAUCGAUAAUGGGGAUGGUCCGCGGGUAACGCAAAAGAACUCUCAACCCAGUACUAAAGUUCGUAGGCGAAUGCUGGGCCCCAUGACUCACUUUUGGGAGUAUGGACAACAGCUUGAUCCUUACACAAACGGCGAGCACAUUCGAGAUCACCUACUACGAGCUAUCUACGGCACAUUUUCGAACGUGAAGACAAUGGAGCCUGUGAAAUACGCCAACCUCGACUUCGAGUGGAUCGCUUUUGUUGCUGCACAAGGAGAGUACCGACGGUAUCAGGGGGACUACAUCCUCACUGAAAGUGAUAUCCGGGGGCAUAAGUACUUCGAUGAUGCUAUUGUGCUCAAUGGAGGUGCUUUCUGCCUACACUAUCCAGGCCAUGAGAAGUAUUCAUUUCGCCUAAAGGACUGGGAGUGGGACGAACGAGACGGCAAGAACUACGCUAUUCCGUUCCGCUGUCUUUAUUCGCGGAACAUUACAAAUGUCAUGAUGGCAGGCAAACACCUUAGCGUCACUCACGUUGCUGGAUCUUCGACUAAGUUCAUGGGAAAUGGCGGGCAGCACGCUAUUGCUACUGCGGCGGCAGCCCACCUGUGCAAAAAGUAUCGCACUGAUCCUAGAGGCAUUUGCAAGAGUCACAUGGCUGAGCUCCGGCGAGUUGUCAGAAGAAUCACCCAUAUGGACUGCGGUGUGCCUGACAGCAGUUUGUGACUCGAUGAAC